AUGACGACGGUGGUCAAGCAAACGCAGCUAGGUAAGGGGAAGACAAAAGGUUCUCACAAGCACAGCACUACGCAGACACGAAAGCGGCAGCGAAGUCUUGCCGAACUUAUGGAUGGCGCCACCGCAGAUGAUGAAUCCUCUUGCGCUGGAGCAGCGGGGAAAUCUACUGCGGAUGGAGACGCGAAUCCUGAUCCUACACGAACGUCUACAACACGCGGCGGAUCGAAACGAUCGCGUUCCCAAGCAGCACGAAAUCACAACGCGCUUGUUUCCCGCGCUUACAUCGAGAAACUAGUGGCGUAUUCACCCGUCCAAGAAGUCUGGCUAAAGGACAGCGUGUAUUCUGAUGUCGGAAGCGCGUAUAUCGUUGGACGCACCGCUCUUUGUCAUGCUGAUCAAAGCGAGAUCGAAGUUCAAGAAGAUGCCAGUGACAUUGAAGCUGUGGAGAACGAAGAAGAGGAGUCCUUCCACCGCUACGACCCAGAAUUUGUUUUUCCGUCGUCGAUGACGAAAGUGGAGGCAAUCAAUUGA